AAUUAAUAAUAACUUUGGUACAGAUCCUUUUGCCAGAUAGAGAAGUGGUCACAGUAUCGUUAAAGAAGAAUUCAAAUGCCGAUGAAGUGUAUGCGGCAGUCGUUAGAAAAAUUAACAUGACUAGGAAAACAGCACUCUAUUUUUAUUUGUUUGAAAUAGUCGAAUAUAAUUUUGAACGCAAGUUACAACCCUCUGAGUACCCCCAUAAUUUAUACAUACAAAAUUACAGUACAGCGACAAGCACGUGUCUUUGUAUAAGAAAAUGGCUUUUCUCUUUGAGUCAAGAACUGUCUCUAAUGAACGAUACUCAAGCAACAUCGUACAUCUUCUGGCAGGCAGUAGAUGAAGUGAACAGAGGCUGUAUACACGCGGGAGAACGUCUUUAUCAGCUUAAAGCCCUUCAGGACGUUACGAGGGCUACCGAAUACCUUAAAUUGGCCCGCGAUCUUUCCGGCUAUGGGGAGGUCGUGUUUCCCCAUUGCCCGUGCGAUUCACGCAAAGAAGGUCACGUUAUAGUGUCCGCGGGGAGUAAGGGAUUUAAAUUGCACGCAUGCCAAGAAGAUGGGACAUUAGAGAGUCAAGUGGUACAUUUAUCUUGGGAUUGUAUAAGGCAAUGGGAAGUAGAUGAUGAAGCAAUGGCAUUUUGUCUGAGAUAUGAUCGACCUGACAAGACACCCAGGUGGCUCAAAAUUUACAGUCCGUAUUAUUCCUAUCUUUUGGACUGUUUUGAAAGGAUCGUAGAAGAGAAUAAAUGGAUCGAUACCGGAGAAUGAAUUAAUUAACACUCCAAUGUUUUUGUUUCGUUUUAUGACGGUUCCAAUUUAACUUCAAAACAACUCCGAAAUACUCAAGAUCCCCAUAAUUAUUGUUAAGAUGCAUUAAAGAAUUUUAUUACAGCUCUCUUAUAAAUCUGUACAUUCACGUUUUAACAGCAUUGGGCAUCAACAAAAUGUACAUUUAGGUGAUAAAUUUAAAUUAAUUUUCCUGAAAAUGGUAAGCCCUCGAAACAAUUUUUACAUCACACUGGUUACUUUUAAAAUUAUUAAUGUCAAAUAAUAUGACAUUAUUUAAAACAGCGGCACAAAUUAAUGUAUGUAGGAAUAUGAAGUGAUGGCACUUAGGUUUUAAGGUCAUUGAUAUGUAUGAAGUUUGUAUGUGUUAUUUGUUGAAAUUCAUACUUAUUCAAAUAUUAUUAAAAGUUGUAUAGAAUAUUAUUAUAUUAGCAGUUAUUGGUUUCUUAACUACUUUGUAUUCUUGAUUAUUACAGGGUGAACCGUUAGAGUAAUAGUGUAAUGAUAAAUUUUUGCUGAUUAGGAAGAAAUAGGUAUGUUUUAAUAUCGUAAGUCGAGAGUUUGAUGUUUUUCUGUGACAAAAUGGAGCACCCUGUAUAUGUAACGCAGCUGCCUUUGUAAGAUCUAAAAGUUAGUUGUUGGAAUUUAUUUUGUUUUUUAUUGCAAAUUAUAUCACAAAGUUUAUGGCAUAAUUAUUUGGAGUGUCUUUUAUAAAAAGAAAAAACAACUUAAUUAUUGUGAUAGUUGAGUAGUUUCAUAGUAGUGCUACAUAAUAAUUGAAAGUAUAAUAUUUAUUGAUUGUUAUUUUAAAUGUAUAUUAAGGAAAUUAAAAAUGCAGGGUUUCUAGAUGUUCGCGAGGUAAAAACUACGCUUACAUUUUUUUUUAUCAGUCCAAGUAUCUACCAUUUGUAUUAUUUACAUGUAAACUAAAAAAAGUGUAGAAGGAUGUAGUUAUUUAUAUUAACCAAUUUCAAGUAGUUCUGGAAGCGCUGCAUUAUAAAUACUAAAAUAAUCAAAAAUAUUUAUCGUAGAAAAUUGUAAAUAAAAUCGUAAUCAUAUCAUGAGUGUAUGUGCAAGGAAAGCAUGUUGGUAAAACUUA